CCUCAUCCUGCCAGUAGGUGGCGUUGAUGGGAAGUAAACAGAAACUACCCAGAAUCCCUUGCAGCAAGGACACAGGAAGGGAAUUACAGACCGGGGCAAGAGAGAGAGAGAUGGUGAAUGUGGGGCUGUCUCAUGUGGAGGAUGCUGUGGCCGCCAAGCACCCAGGCUUGGCGGAAUACGCCGGCUGCCAGUCCCACGCCUUCAUGAAGGGGGUCGGCACCUUUAUCACAGGAAGCGGAGCUGCGUUUGUGGUGCAGAAGGCGCUGAACACCCGGCUGCCCUACCCCCUGCAGUGGAGCAUCCUGCUGUCUGUGGUUGCAGGCUCAGUAGCGAGCUACGCCAUAACGAGGAGGGAAACCCAAAGAUGUUCGGACCUGUGGAUGUACCUGGAGGCUGCUGACCCCCCUCCGGCCCCGGGGCCAGUCUCUGUGUUUCAGGGGCCCCGCUGUCGCUCCCCCCAGAAGGGAAGAGGAAUAAAUAUGGAGAUGUUGUGGAAUAAAGAGGACCAAUAGCAACGGUGGGUUUGGGAGAUGAUCGACGCCCCCCCCCCCCCCACUCGCCGCAGAAGGUUCUGGUCCAGGAGAACUUCAGCCAUUGGACUGUUACUGCCCUAUGGUUUAUAUGGACUUGUGGGUAUAGAUAAGGAAUGUGCAACGUACGGCGCCCCCCGGUGGUUGAACUGGACAGCUGGAGGGUCUCCGCUUGGGCACCGCCGAUAUAGACUGGCUCACCGAGCAGCGAUUCUAUUUGCUAAGGGGCCGUUACCCAGCGUUGGGCCUAUUUGCAUUGCGUACUUCCCCUUUAAUUUUGUACAAUAAAAGUAAAAAUGGGAGUGGCCAGUUUGGAAUAAAUUACUCAUAUACAUUUGUUAA